AUGGAACGACUUCCGGCUGGUUGCUUUCUUUCUAGUGAGGGAUGUUGACCAUUACGAUAUGGAUGUGAACUUAGUGCAUUGGAAUCUUUCUUAGUUUACAGUUGCAUAAGAUUAUUUUGUAUAAAGAAGUAAUAUCUUAUUAGAAACGAUAGAUAAUUGUUAUUAAUUCAGUCGUAUGAAAAUCGUUUGAUCGUUGCGUACGAUUUUACCUAUUCACGAUUUGUUCUAUAUACGUGUAUAUAUAUACACAUAUAUAUAUAUAGAGAGGGAUAUACUUUUCAUCAUAUAGAUAAAAAGAAGGAUCUUUUUCUACCGGUGUAAUGGCCGAUGUAGAAGGAAAGAAGUUAACCGAGCUUCGUGUUAUAGAUCUUAAAACAGAAUUAGAACGACGUGGUUUAGAUAAAACAGGAAACAAAGCAGCACUUCUUGAGCGUCUUUCUAAGGCUAUAUCUGACGAUGGAGAAAAUCCUGAAGAAUAUCUUAUUGUGCCUUGUGGUGGAGUUUGCAAAACUAGUCCAAGGAAAAACAGUGUCACAGGUGUACCCAAUCAAGAUGAUACUUUGGAAUCAUCUGAAAGUCAGAAAGAGGAAAUUGUUGAACCAUUAAAGAAAGAAAAUGUAGAUACCCAAGAUACUAAUAAUGACUUAAAAGCAAAGUCAAAACCAAAACAGUUGCCUGAAGAAAAUCUUGUUGCUAAAAAGGAGGAUACAUCUAAUGAUGCUUCUGAUAAUCCUCCGAAAGAAUCAGAAAUUAAACAAGAAACAAAAACUACAACAGUAAAUAAAACUACACCUGAAAGCACACCAACUAGUGAGAAGAAACCUGAAACUGAGAAGACAACUACAUCAAAUCAGUCUUCAACUACAGGUGCAGUAGAAGCUAAUGGAAUGGAUAAUGAAGAUUCUAUUAAUUUAACCAUUGGGGAAGAUGAAGAAAAUCUCCUUGCUGAGGAGACUGAAUCCCAUGAUAGGCAUAAGGUGCUCAGGAAAGUUCCUGAUCGAGAGCACGAGCCAUUAAACAGGAGUGUUAGGGAGGGAGAAGAAUCAGGCUUGGCAGAAAGUGACUAUGCUACCUUGAUUGUCUCUGCAGAUGGAGGUGAGAAGAAGAAAAUGGAAGAGAACAAGAAAGGAGACUCUAAAGGGAGCGGUAGAGCAGAAGCUGGUGCCAGCAACAAGGAAGGGACAACGUCUGGUGCAAACGUCGGGAUGAAGAACAAGCAGGAUGGUGGCGAUGGAAGCAAGAGUGUGGAGUCUGGCAGUAAGAAUCAGAAACGAGAAGAUAAAGAGAAAAAGACUUCUCAAAUCGGCCCUCUUAAUGCGAGUAGCAGAAAUUUGUGGGUAUCUGGAUUAUCAUCGAGUACUCGGGCUACUGACCUAAAGCAAAUAUUUUCUAAAUAUGGAAAAGUAAUAGGUGCUAAAGUUGUUACUAAUGCUAGAACUCCAAGUGCAAGAUGUUACGGAUAUGUUACUAUGUCCACAAGUGAAGAUGCUGCUAAGUGUAUACAACACUUGCAUCGAACUGAACUACAUGGCCGAGUGAUAUCUGUUGAAAAGGCUAAAGGAGAUUCUCAACAAAGUCAUAUGCGCAAACGUGAUGCAGCAAAUGGAAAAUCAGAAAAGAAAGAAGAAAAGGAUAAAGCUAAAGAUAAUCAUGAAACUAACGAAAGAAAGGAAAAAGAAGCUAAGAAAGAGGGCGAAGAAAAAGGACCUGAACAAGUUAAAAAGAAUGACGAGAAAAAUGAAAAUGUUGAUGCUAAGAAAACUGAACCAAUUGAUAAAAAGGAGGAAAUAUCCAAGGAAUCUGAUUCUCGAUCAACUAAAUCUACCAGUAAAAAACCAGAAAGUGAAAGAGGUCGACGAGAGGAUAAACGAAUUCGUCCAUGGGAUCAUCAUCGCUCUUACAGUCGUUCACGUAGUCGAGAACGCCGUAGACGUGACGACGUCCUUACUUUUGCGAAAAUAAGGAUUGAUAAUUUGCAGGAGGAACGUGAAAGACAGAGAUUACGCGAACGUGACAGAUUGUUACGGGAAGAGGAAAGAAGACGUCGCGAGGAUAUGGAAAGACAACGAGAAAUCGAACGUAGACAGAGAGAAGAGGCAGCUCGUUUGGAUAGAGAAAGAGAAAAAUUGAGAAGAGAAAGGGAAAGAAUAGAACAAGAAAAGGCGGAAUUACUUCGUUUAGAGCGAGAACGUCAGAAAUUGGAAAGAGAGAAAUUGGAACGCGAAAGAUUGGAAUUAAAGAGACAACAAAUGCGUUUGGAAGAAAGUAGACGUGCUCCGCCACCACCUUCAAUCAAAAGAACCUCCAGCGAUAGAAGAGAUCCUAGAGACAUGUACGUUGAUCCUGAACGAAAACGUAUGGCUACGGAACAUGGCAGAAGACAUAGUCCAGAUAGAGUUAGUGAUAGAAGAACUGAGAUUAUGGAUCGUGUUUCUGAUAGACGAUUAGAUCCGUCACCACCUACACGCUACGAAUCAAGCAGAUCUACGCAAGAGAUGGGAUUGAAGAAAGAAUUUAAACGCAGUAGUGAAUUUACUUCAAGAAGUAAUCGUCCGGAAACAUUUUCUGAUGUAUCACGUGGAAGGGAAGUUAUCGUACGUCGUGAAUCCCUCUCUGCAGCAUCCUCAUCUAUUGAUCCACGACAAGUUAAAGAAAGAUACGAACGACCCAGUACUGCAACAUAUACUCGUGAACGCGAGGUACGACGAUCAGAUCCGGAGUCUCAUAGAAAUUCUAGGGAUAGUCAUACGCGUUAUAGUGAAAGCUUCAAACCACCGAGUUCGAGUGCACCCCGUGAUAGCCGUUAUAUAGAAAGCAAUAAAACAGCAAGCGGAUGGCACUCAGGUCCACCAUCAACAAAGUCAUUUAAUUCUGUACCAAGUGGUGGAACACGUGAUCCACGUAACGAACCAUCAGGUUGGAGUUCUAGAUCAUCCGAUAGUGUCAACAGAUGGAGUAACUCGAGCAGUAUGGGUAAUACUUUACGUCAUCCUGUGCCACCAACUUAUCCAAGUGGUCCCAUACAAUCCAUGGGUUUAACAGCACCGGGAACGGCUGCUUCGUAUGACCGUUUUGAUCCAUAUAAAUCAUCUAUAUCUAGUAUGAGAAAAUACUGAUAGAGUUGAUUAAUUAUAUAUAUUUAAAUAUAAAUAUAAAUAUAUAUAUA